UCAAAUUUUAGAUGACAGUGAAUGCAGAACCGAUCAGAGCGGUGCAAUGACCCAGGAGCCUCUCACCAAUGCAGUCGCUGUGAGUUCAAAUCAAGCUCAUUCUGGGUUUCUCUUCGGCUGUAGCCUACAUGGGAUGAUCUGUCAACAGCCUGUAAAGAGUUGUCGCUUUCCCUCAAGCUGUGCCGAGUUUCCGCCCACCAUAAUGCUGGCCGCCGUGAUAUAAGUGAAAUAUGUUCUGUAGCUUGAGCUACAUGUAGGUCGCAAGAUGUCUGUUGGCUAUAGUAUUCUGGUUGUUGCGGUGACUGGAUUUUUGGCAUGGGCACUCUUCAAGCUAUUGCCAGCAUUGUUAUCUCUAAAAGCCAGGAACAAGGCUAUGGCCAAAUUCCCAUUCAGAAGUCCAGUUCACUGGUUGAUGGGAAAUAUACCACAGGCACGGUCUGCCGAAGGCUACCUGAAGUUCUGCACCGAGAUGAUGUUAGAACAUGGCCGUGCCUUCUCCAUGUGGUUCAGUACUACCCCUCUCCUGUACCUCUGUCACCCUGACACAAUCAGAGAGGGAAUCAAGAACACCGAGGCCAAACCCAGAUCUGGCCUGCUCAAAGGCUACGCCAUGGUGGAACCCUGGAUAGGUGAAGGCCUUCUGUUAGCCUCGGGAGAGAAGUGGGAACGAAACCGAAAGUUGUUGACUCCAGCUUUUCAUUUUGAUAUUCUCCGUCCCUACAUCAAAGUUUAUCAGGAAGCAGCGGAAAAGUGCUCAAAUAAUUUUAAAAAGCUGAUCGCAAAAUCAGACAGUGACAGUGUGGAAGUUUCAGAACCUCUUGGUUUAUGUACUCUGGACAUCAUGCUGACGUGUGCUCUGUCAUUCCAAACAGACCUGCAGGAAAAUGGGCAUCCUUAUGAAAAGGCUGUUGGACGACUGAUGGAACUUGUCAGAGAACGUUCAGUGCACCCUUUGUACCUUGUGAACUUUAUCUGGUGGCGAUCUAAACUUGGAAAAGAGUUUCAAGACUUGUGUGAUUACACUCACCAAAUCUCAGGCAACGUCAUCAAGGCCAGGCAAGAGAGUCUGAAAGACUUGCCUGAAGACGCAAAGAAGAGUCGUCACCUGGAUUUCCUAGACAUUCUUUUGACUGCUAGAGAUGAAAAUGGCACUGGUUUGACUUUUAAAGAAAUCCGUGAUGAAGUUGACACGUUUCUGUUUGAAGGUCAUGAUACAACUAAGGCAGCUCUCAGCUGGUGCCUGUACUGCCUGGGCAAAUACCCGGAGGAACAGCGCAAAGUCAGGGAGGAAGUCAUCCGGGUGUUUGCUGACAAACAGGAGUUAGAGUGGGAGGACAUACAACAGCUUCAGUACACCAGUCUCUUCUUGAAGGAGGUGCUGAGGAUGUACCCCUCUGCACCACAGAUUUCUAGGGUAACAACACGCCCGGUUACCAUUGACGGGAUUGAGCUCCCAGAGGGCUCAACUAUAGAGGUCCACAUAUAUGCGUUGCACCAUAACCCGCUAAUCUGGAAAGACCCAGAGACCUUCAAACCUGCAAGGUUCAGCCUGGAGAACUUUGCCAAGCAUGACCCAUAUUCCUUCAUUCCUUUCUCUGCUGGACCAAGGAACUGCAUCGGACAAGUAUUUGCCCUGAAUGAAAUCAAGACAGUACUGGCAUGUUUGGUGAAGUGGUUUGAGUUUGGCUUUGAUGAGGCUCACGAAGACAAGGUUUUGCUACAGCCUCUAGGAACAUUAAAAUCCAAACAUGGGAUAAAAGUCCGAGUGACCCCAUGCAAGUAGAGGUACAUUGUAUCAUAUUCACAAACUGCUCAAAACUGUCAGUGUUUCUAAGGUGCACCUGAGACCCAGAAACACGAUGUCAUAUCACUCGUACCUCACGCACACACAUGGUUAAAAGGCAAAAUAAGAUUUGGGUGAUGUCAGCAGAAACAGUCGCAUUGUCAGGUUGUAGAAAUAACUUGUGUCUGAUUGGUAAAACUUGGUAACAUAAUGGCACUUUCAGUUUUCACAAUCUGUCACUUUUUCUUCCCGUGAAAUGCGAUUUCUCGGUUAUGCAAAUCUUGAAAAUACAAAAAUGGGACAUUUUUGAGACGCACAUAUACAUUUGGUGACGAUUCCACAGAAGCAUUUCUGACUCAAGUCAAAAUUUAAUUUUUGGUAGUGGAAGUUAAAAUUUGGACACAUUUGUCUUAAGAUAAUAUUGAUGAGAUGAACACAAUUUUAUUUACUAAAGCCGAAAAAUGAGUUUUAAUAUCUCAUUUCAAAUUCAGAAAUGAAGUCAAAAAUGCCUUUGAGGAAUUUGGCUUCUGGUCUAGUGUUGUCGUUUAAGUUUGUACACUGCUUCAGUUUGUGUACAGAACAGCUGGAUCUUACCCAUACAUGGAUGUAAGCCUUGACAUUUUGUGGUAUAACUUGUAAUUUUGCCUAUAUAUAUAUAAUUUACUUUAGUCUGAAUAAUUAUUCUGUGAGGAUUUUAUAUCAGAUAAUUGCUUGAGACAUAUUUUGAAACGUAUUACCGGUUCUGAAAUUUUGAGUUUUGCAACUAAUCUCAGGGGGAAAUUAUGCAAUGCGUAGUUUUGUUUAAUAUGAUGACCAGCUAUUGUUAAAUAGGGUUAAUUUGCUCAAAUUUUAAGAUGUAUAACUUGUAAUGUAUUAUUAGUUAGAUAAUUAGUGUAUUUUGCAAUGCAAUUAAUGAUAUACAUUUAAAAAUAUUACUUUAUACUGUAAGCCACAUAUCAAGUGGGCAUAAAAAAUGGACCUUACUUUUGACACUCAGUAUCUCCGAAACCCUCAAAAGCCAUUAUAUCCUAAGUAUACAGACCACAUUUCAAUUUCAUCUUUUAAGAUUUCUGUUCAUGGGACCAAAAAAACCAUCUUGAUUCAGCAAAACUUGUGCCUAUCUAGCAGAAGGGUUUCUCUGACACUAGAGCCAGACAAUUUUUCCAGAUGACACUUUCUGACACGUGUCAAACAGGUGCAGCGCACGCUCUACUCCUGACACCUGUAAGGUGAUGCAAUGUGGGUCACCAGAACGUGCGUUUUUGAGGCUAUGUUUUCAUUUUAACCCUUUCUACACACUACACAAGCUGUGACCUUGAAAAUGGGUCAUUAUAUUAACAAAAUCAUGCCAUUUGAAUGACUAAAGUUUGAAAGGGUUUGGAUAAAGGAUAAUGGAGCAAUGCAGCAUCAAAGUACGGCUCAUUUUUAUGCCCACCCGAUAUAACAUUAUUUUAACUCCUUAUACACUUUUUUUUUGGCUAUUCGUUGUAACAGUAUUUGAAGGUAAUGCAAACAAGUAAUCAUGUAUCAUGCUUACAUGUAGCUGUUUUGUCCACCACGCUUAAGUUGUACUUGCAUCUGUUAUUAUCGGUGUAUACAUGUACUUACACUUAUACCAUAGAUGGCUUUAUAUAUACAA